AUGUUAUUUGAGAAACUAAAAAUAUUCAAUACAAAAGAGAAGCUUUUGGAAAGAUUGAAAGAAAUCAAGAAAGAGGAGGAGAUGAAAAAGAACACACCUAUGAAAGAAAAGGUUAAAAGAACUUUUUCGACAUCUUAAUCAUAAAGAACAACUUUGAAUAGUUUAAAUAGAUUAUCAACAUCUCCUAAAGUUUAAUGCAUUAUGGAUAUCGAAAAAAUUAAAAUGCCACUCACAUUUGAAAGAUACUAGAACAUAACAAGAAUGACUGAAAUACCCAUCCGUUAACAAAUAUCAACUCCUCAGCCUCCCUAAAAGAGUAUUCUAGAGAGAUUAAAUGAAUAAGAGGAAGAUAAAAUGAUUAGAGAAUUAAUUGAUAAUUACAAACCCGAAUAGUAUGAUGUUAUGAUGGAGAAUGAUUAAUUAGAAAUUGAAAGACAAAAUGAUGAGGCACACGCAAACUCGAUGAAAUAGUUUUCAUAUCAAGAUUACAGUCCUCAAAGAAUGAAUUUAAUUAAAAAGCAUCAACAUCAUCAUCAUAAAUCUAACCCAUCUCAUCUUAAGAAUAAUUAAAGAUAUGAUGAAUAAAAAUAGCUAUAUAUGUAAUAACUAGAAUAUAAAGGAGAUAUCAAUCAAGAAUUACAUACAGAUAGAGGUAAAUAUUUGAGGAAAUUUCGAUUAGCAAAUAAAAAUUUGAAUAAAGUCUCUUAAGAAGAUUUCAGAAAGACCAUCAAACAAUUUAACAAAUUGGAUGAUUAUGCUCAAUUUUAUAAAUAAACUCCAAAUUUGUAUAUGCAAUUGAAUAAAAGCUCGCACCAAUAGCAAAUAUUUUAAAGCGGUCUAGGACUAGUAUAAUAAUGCAACCACAUUCAACUAGCCAAUGCAUAAGCACAAAUAAGAUCCCCUUAAUAAGUUAAAGUAUUUUCUGAUGCACUCAAGACUUAAUAAUGUAAGACUUUAACACAUCUGAAGUUGAACCACAAUAAACUGAAUUCAUUAAAAAUUUAACAAUUGACUAAGUCAUUCCCAUAACAUUUGUAGGAAUUAGAUUUAAUGAAUAAUGGAUUAGAUUCAAAAUCUUGCUAAUUGUUAUCAAAAUAUAUUUAAAACUCAUAAAUAAAGAAAGUUAAUUUAGAAAACAAUCGAAUAGGUGACAUAGGAAGUAAUGCAUUAUGUUAGGCAGUUCAAGAUCACGAUUAUUUGUUAUAUUUAAAUUUAUCUAAAAAUAAUUUAACAGAGCAUUGUUGUGUUGAACUGGCCAACUAUCUAAAGAAAACACAAGUUCUAUUUGAAUUAUAUCUUCAUUUUAAUUCAAUAAAUAGUGUUGGAGCUGUUAAUAUUUGGAAAGCAUUGUAUAAAAAUUCUAGCGUCAAGGUCUUUGAUAUUUCAUAUAACCGAACAGCCUCUAUAGAAUGUUCUUAAUAAAUGGCCAAAGUUAUUAUUAAAUAGUAUCCAGAACUUAUGCAUAUAGACAUUUCAUAUAAUGGUUUUAAUGAGGAAUAAUCAAUCGAAAUUAAAAAAGCAUUAGAAUAAAAUUAGAAUAUAUAUGGAUUUCAUUAUUAAGGGAAUUGCCCAAAAUAUUCAGUUGAUUCUACUGGACACUUAAGAGAUAGAAUUUAAGAAGCUACAGAUAUUCAAAGAAAAAUCGAAGAGUGUUAAAAAAACCCAUAAACAACUUUAAAAUUAGUAGAUGAUUAUUAAAGUCCAGAAAUACAGAUAUAAGAACAACAAUAACACUAAUAGUAUUAAAAAAAAAGAAUAAAAGAUCUAAAAACUGAUUCAGAAUUAUAUAGAAAUUUUCGAUUUCGAAGAAUUUAAGGAAUGAAGCCAAUCAAAUAAAAUUAUGAUACUGAUAGUGAAUUAGAUGCUUGUUGGAUAUGUGAUGGGUGGUAGGAAGUGAAAUUCACUUGGACUCCUGGUAAAUCAGGUGGAAUGAACAACGAUCCAAUAUUUGUACACUUAAAUUUUGAAAAUUACAAACCAGUUCUAAUGACACUUCAUAAUGGAGAAUAUUCUGUUUAUAGAAUGUGUCCUCCAAAUUUCAAAGUCACUUAUUUUUUUAGCAAUCCUGUGCUUGGAAUUUAAACUACAGCUAAAAAUUAGUUAAUUACUUAAACUCCUCAGGAUGACCCUUUAUAUUCAACUAAACAAUCAUUUUUAUAUAAUGGAGAUAUCUUAAUUGAAGGAAAUAAAAUGGGAUUUGUCAAUGAAUUAUUUACGGAUGAUAAGUAAUCAAUUAUGGAUAGAUAUUUUGCGAAAAUCUUUAGCAAACCAAGAGAAGAAGAAAAGACUUUUGAUUUAACUUAAUUUCUUACAAAAACUGAAAAAUUUUGGAGUUAUGAAAUUUCUAUUUUUAAAAACUAUUAACCUGAUAAUGAUGAAUUAAUUGAUGAAUGCUUUGAAUAUGAUUAUGGAAGUUCAAAAAUUAAUAAAAUUAUUAAAGAUCCAAUUGAAUAUAAUGAAGUCAAAGAAAUUAUGAGAGAGUAUUAUCCUUACAUUUUUGCAGCUUAUAAAUUUUUAGCAUCUACUCUUAUCGGGGCCACGAUUCCUUGUAUUUCAUCUAAUGCCUUCUCUGAUUUUUUAUCAACAACAGGAGUUAUUUCUGAAAAAUUUAGAUCUGGGGAUAUUGAUUUAAAUUUUAUUGCCACUUCAAAUGUUAAAGAUAUCAAUUAUCCUAAUGUUUACGAGAAAGCUCUAGUAAGAUACCAGCUAAUGGAAGUAUUAGUUAGAAUUGCUAUUGAUAAAUAUUUGAGAACAUAAAUUUGCAAAACAAUUAAAGAGAGUUUGAGAAAAAUGUUUGAAGAAGAUGGAAUCAAAUAAAAACUAUAAGAAAUUGACCGUAGUCAAGAUUGGAGGGACAUGAGAUAUUGGAAUGAAUAAUGUGACAUUUUAUUAAAAGAUAGAUUGCCAAUGUUAAAAUUACUAUUCAAAUACACAUCAAAAUUAAAUUCUAAAUAAAAGUAUUAUAAACACAUAUGGCUUUAAUUUAAAGAUUUCAGAGAUUUAUUAAACAAAUGCGAUUUGUAUUGUGAUAUUUUUGUUGAAAGAGAUGCUUAUCUUGCAUACUUGCUGGCUAUGUAGACAUCAGUUGAUGAACUUUACUUACUUAAACAUUUCUAAAUGGAAUUUUAUGAAUUCUUAGAGGCUUUAGCUAGGUGUGCUGAAAAAUUAUCUUUGAUAAGAACUAAUGAUUAGAUCACAAUUGAUGAUAGAAGACAAUAACCCCUGUUUAAGAAAUUAGAUGCACUAACAUUCCUCAUUUAUAUUAGAUUGGGCGAGAUUAUAAAGGCAUAAUUUCGUGAAUCUGAUGAUCUUUCUGAUUUUGAUAAGUGCAUGUAAAAAACCUAUGGUCAAGUAAUUAAACAACCAAACCCAGAUUUAGAGGAGGAUAAUACUGAAAAAAUAACGCCUUAAUAAGAAGAAAAAUUAUUAGAAGAGCAACUCAACACGAUUGUUGUUCAACCUAUUCUUACUAUGCCUCAACCUAACAAAAAAUCAACUGGAAUGACAUUCUUAUAGGUUAUAAAAUAAGCAUAGUAACAGAAAUAAUUAAAAAACACGUUUAAUCUUACUAAUGAAUAAAGAGGAAGAACAACUGUUAAAAUGAUUUUAAUUUGA